GCUGUUUCCGGUGAGGGGGCGGGGCUUGGGGCGGAAGCGGCGGCUGCGCGUGCGCGGAUCGUGCCCGGAGCGCCCCUGGAGCGGCGGAUCCCCGGGACCAUGAGCAGCUCCGAGGAGGUGUCGUGGAUCUCGUGGUUCUGCGGCCUCCGCGGCAACGAGUUCUUCUGCGAGGUGGACGAGGAUUACAUCCAGGACAAGUUUAACCUGACGGGGCUGAACGAGCAGGUGCCUCACUACCGCCAGGCGCUCGACAUGAUCCUGGACCUGGAGCCAGACGAGGAGCUGGAGGACAACCCCAACCAGAGCGACCUGAUCGAGCAGGCGGCCGAGAUGCUCUACGGGCUGAUCCACGCCCGCUACAUCCUCACCAACCGCGGCAUCGCCCAGAUGGUGCGGGACCCCCAAACUGGGGGUCCUGGGUGCCCCCCAGGGCUGAUUUUGGGGAGGGGUCCUGGGUGCCCCCCAGGGCUGUCGGACAUCCCCGGCGAGGCCAUGGUCAAGCUCUACUGCCCCAAGUGCAUGGACGUGUACACGCCCAAGUCCUCGCGGCACCACCACACCGACGGCGCCUACUUCGGCACCGGCUUCCCCCACAUGCUGUUCAUGGUGCACCCCGAGUACCGGCCCAAGCGCCCCGCCAACCAGUUCGUGCCCAGGCUCUACGGUUUCAAGAUCCACCCCAUGGCGUACCAGCUGCAGCUCCAGGCCGCCAGCAACUUCAAGAGCCCCGUCAAGACCAUCCGCUGAGGGACCCCCGGGACCCCCCGGGA